GAUAUCACUCAAAUAUUGAAUGAUCCAGAUUUCAAUGAAAUCGAUUGGAUAAAUUCUAUGUUCAAGUAUGUUCCUAAAAACGAAAAAGAAAAAGCUGUUGAAGAAUCAGUGUCGAAGCUUCAACUCUACGUUCAAGAAGCAAAUACUUCGAUUGAAUCAACAACACAUGGAAUCAUUUCUACAAUGCCGGUGAUUGCAAAUGACACCAAAAAGUUGAUGGAACAAGCGAAACAAUUAAAGAAAAAAAUGAAUUUGUUGGAAAAAGAUAUUACUAAAAGUGAAACAGCAUUUAGUAUUGCAAAUUUAGAACGCUUAGCUGAUCUCAAAACAAAACUGGAAGCUGCAAAGAACUUUCUUGAGCAAAACGAUUCAUUCUCGAAACUUACACAUGAACUCGACGAUCUUUUGGAAAAUGAGAAGAAAGAUAUUAGUCUUGCAUGUGAGAAGCUUUUUGCCUUACAAUAUUCUUAUCAGGCACAACUUGGAUUGGCUGGUCAAGCUGAAAGAGAACUUGUAUUGGAAGAGUUUAAGAAUCGUCUUGAAGCUUCAAUUACAAGCGAUGUCGUGAAAGCUCUUGCUGAAUAUAACGUUGAAGAAUCACGAAAAUAUGUUGACAUGUUUGAAAAAAUUGAUCGUCUUCCUCAAAUGAAAAAUUAUUACGGAACAUUACAACGCGAGCAGUAUUACGGCGCUAAAUGGAUUGAAGUCACAGGAUCACUUGAAAAUUCCGAUAAUCAAAGAUUUCUUGCUGAUUUUUAUGAAUUUAUUAUUGCAAGUUGGGGAAAGCAAUUGAAAUGGUAUCGAGAUGUUUUCAAAUCCGACGGUGUUGUAGAAACAAUUCAAUUAAUUACUGAACUGCUUAAUUCCUUACAUCCAACGAGGGAGAAUAUUAUCAGCGGAUAUUUAAAAAGAAUCAGUGAGAAAAUGGAUUUUCUGAUGGAUAUUUCAACAUCAAAUGAAAAGUUUGCGACAGCAAUUGUCGAGAAAAUUGAAGAAAAUGAUUGGAAAUUGCCAUUGGAGAAAUUAACUAACUUAUCAAAUGCAGUUUUCAAUUUCUUUAACAUUUUUAUUGUUCAAUAUUCGUCGAUUGAACAAAGUUUGUUGAAUUCCCAACUUGAGGAUACGAAAAUUCUUCAAACAAAUUCAAGCGACACAAUUCGAAGUCUUGAUAACUCAUUGGUGAAAAUAUUUGAAUGGGUGCAACAAUCAAUUGACAGACAAACAAAAAUUACACAAAAUUGUGCGAUUGUUUCUCUCAUUUAUAUUCUAAACACUUUCUUCAAAUCAUUUUUGGAGAAAAUGAAGAAAGCGCAACUUCAAUUAGACGCCAGUAGUCGAAAUGAUCACCAGGAUUGGAAUCUUCUUCAAAUCUGCAUAACAUUCCUUCAAAUCAUUGGAAACUUUAAAAUAAAACUCGAUGAUGUUGAAGAAACAAUCAAGAAAAUGAUGCUUGCUAAAUGGAAGGAAAUUAAAAGCAAAGAAGAAUUUUGUUACAAACUUGUUGGACAACGAGACAUCAGCGACUUUGAGAGAAUCACAAAUCGAUUGAUUGCAAAUGAAACUUCAGUGAUUUUCGAGACUUUAACGACUCCAAUUGAUGGCAUUGCGAAAGAUUCACAUCACAUGCUUCUUCGAUUAAUAUUUGCGCCGAUUGAAGGUUUCUUUAAAAAGUUAGAGAUCAGUGAUUCAAACGAUGCCGAUCUUCCUGAUUACAGUUUCUCUCCGUUUGAAUACAUCACAGAAAUUGGACAAUUUCUUCUCACACUUCCACAGAAUUUGGAACCAUUGUUGUUAAAUCCAGCGAAACCUUUGAAACUUGCUUUGGAAAUGAGCGAUGCAAGUUACAAAGAAAACAUUCCAAGUGCUGACAUUCUUCUAUCCUUAGUUGCUGACGAAACUUGCGCACUUUAUCAAGAAAAAAUUCUUCACGUUCAUUCGAUUGGCGAUGGUGGAGCUAAGCAACUUGCAACUGACAUUGAAUAUCUUGGAAGUGUUCUUGAAGAACUCGGUUUGACUAUCUCAAGUCAAUUAAAACAAAUCGCUCAACUUCUUAAAAUCAAAGGUGAACAAUAUUUAACUUCAAGUUCAGGAAUUGAUCCGCGAUUAGUUGCAGCAAUACGUCAAAUGCGAAACAUCAAUAUCACUGAAUAAUUUUUAAAUUAAUCAACAACAAAAAAAUAAAAUUUAAAUUCUUAAAAAAAAA